CUUUUUGAAACAUGAAUUUCCAACUCAGAAAUUAAUUUCCCACGGAAAACUCCUUCCUGUAACAAAAAAAGAAAAAAGAAAGUCUUUCAGAGAAAGAGAGAGGUGGGUGGAAAAACCAAAUAAAUCGAAGUACCACCUCUUCAUCUUCCUCUUCAAAUCAAAUCGGAAUUCAAACCUCCGGAAAUUAAAAUCGACGACGAAGACGAUGUCUCUGAACAUGAAAACCCUAACACAAGCAUUUGCAAAGACAGCAGCAGUGAUAGAAAAACAUGUACAGACAACAGUUCAAGAAGUAACAGGACCAAAAGCAUUACAAGAUUAUGAACUUUUGGAUCAAAUUGGAUCUGGUGGUCCUGGUCUCGUAUGGAAAUUAUACUCAGCUAAAGCACGUAGUGGAUCUACACUUUCUCAAUAUCCUAUCGUUUGUGUUUGGGUACUUGAUAAAAAGGCAAUUACUGAAGCACGUUCUAAAGCUGGUUUAUCUAAAACAACAGAAGAUGCAUUUUAUGAUAUAAUUCGUGCUGAUGCUGCACGUUUGGUGAGGAUUAGACAUCCUGGUGUUGUUCAUGUUGUACAAGGGUUAGAUGAGAAUAAGAAUUUUAUGGCUAUGGUUACUGAACCACUUUUUGCUUCUGUGGCAAAUACGCUUGGGAAUGUUGAGAAUAUCGGGAAAGUGCCUAAGGAGCUUAAAGGAAUGGAAAUGGGGUUGUUGGAGGUAAAACAUGGUUUGCUCCAGAUUGCUGAAUCCUUGGAUUUUCUCCAUAACAAUGCACAUCUUAUUCAUCGGGCUAUAUCACCUGAGACUAUAUUUAUUACUUCCAGUGGAGCUUGGAAGCUUGGAGGGUUUGGUUUCGCUAUUCCUGCAGAUCAAAACUCUGGAGAACUUUCUAGGGCGCAACCCUUCCAUUAUUCAGAGUAUGACGUUGAUGAUUCUCUUCUGCCCCUUCAACCAUCACUGAAUUAUACUGCUCCUGAACUGGUUAGGAGUAAAGCACCCAAAGCUGGAUGGUCUACUGAUAUGUUCAGCUUCGGAUGCCUUGCCUACCACUUGAUUGCUCAUAAGCCUCUCUUGGAUUGCCACAACAACGUAAAGAUGUACAUGAACACCUUGUCAUACUUGCAACAUGAGUCUUUUUCAAGCAUGCCGGCAGAUGUAGUUACUGAUUUACAAAGGAUGCUCUCUAUGAAUGAGGCUUCUAGACCAAGUGCAUUGGAUUUUACAGGUUCUCCAUUUUUCCGCGACGACACUAGAUUGCGUGCUCUUCGCUUCCUGGACCACAUGCUUGAAAGGGAUAACAUGCAGAAGUCUGAGUUUCUAAAAGCAUUAUCUGAUAUGUGGAAAGAUUUUGAUUCUCGUGUACUGCGGUAUAAGGUACUCCCACAUCUUUGCGCAGAACUUCGAAAUAUGGUUUUGCAGCCAAUGAUCUUACCCAUGGUUCUCACGAUAGCGGAGUCCCAGGACAAAAACGAUUUUGAAGUAUCAACACUGCCGGCACUAUUUCCUGUCUUGAGUACAGCAGCAGGUGAAACGUUGUUGCUAAUUGUUAAGCAUGCAGAACUCAUAAUAAACAAGACCAGUCAGGAGCACUUAAUAUCCCAUGUGCUCCCUUUGCUCGUGCGUGCUUAUGACGAUAAUGAUGCCCGCAUACAAGAAGAAGUUUUACGAAGAACUGCAGCCCUCACGAAGCAGCUUGACGUUCAGUUGGUGAAACAGGCAGUUUUGCCUCGUGUUCACGGGUUAGCACUUAAGACAACGGUGGCUGCGGUAAGAGUGAAUGCGUUAUUGUGCCUGGGUGAAUUGGUGAGCACCAUGGACAAACAUGCCACGUUGGAGAUUUUGCAGACUAUCCAACGGUGUACCGCUGUUGAUCAUUCAGCUCCCACACUCAUGUGUACGUUGGGAGUUGCAAACUCGAUUCUCAAGCAGCAUGGCAUUGAAUUUGUUGCUGAGCACGUUCUUCCACUACUUAUGCCACUUCUCAUUGCGCAACAAUUGAAUGUUCAGCAGUUCGCUAAAUACAUGCUCUUUGUGAAAGAUAUACUCAGGAAAAUAGAAGAAAAACGAGGUGUUUCUGUGACUGAUUCUGGAACUCCAGAGAUUAGGGUAACACCUGUACUAAAUGGGACACCGUCUCAACCAUCUGUAAAAACAAGCCAACCCGUUUCUUCUGCGGCAAAUAGCAGACCAGCAUGGGAUGAAGAUUGGGGUCCCAUAACAAAAGGACCUCAAUCCCGCCGGUCAUCUGAAACUAGCUUACCUUCCGUGCAGAAAACUCGGGUUUCACAGCCAGUUAAUACCACUCCCCUGCCCUCUGUGGUAUCUCCUUCAUCAAAUCAACAGAUUCCUACAUCAUGUCCCUCAGUCGACUUAGAGUGGCCUCCUCGAUCGACUUCAGGUGCUUCAUCUCACUUGGGCGACAUUGAGAAACCGAAACCAAACACUGAAUUGUCAAGCCCCAGUUUUGACGAAAUAGAUCCCUUCGCCAAUUGGCCCCCAAGAUCUAGUAACUCAGUAACUAGUUCGGGCUUUGCCUCCUCAAAUAGUGCCAUGGGAAUGAGCAGCCAGCAUAACGGGAACUCUUUCUUUAGUACAAAUAAUCAGAACACUGGGACGCACAGUUCUGCAGGGUUCUCGAGACAGAAUCAGGGUAAUUCACUGUCGAGCACAAACAUACUAAAUAGUGGGGGACUGAACAACCAAAGCUCUCUUGGGUUCAUGAGGCAGAAUCAGGGGAGUUCGGCACCAGGAAUCAGUAACCCUAGUGCUUAUGGAGCAGGUUCAUAUACUGAAAAAAAUGCAACGGAUAUUGGAUCCAUAUUUUCCUCUAACAAGAUGGAAAACACUGGGUUGAGACUUGCUCCACCUCCGUUAACAGCUGUGGGAAGAGGAAGAGGGAGGGGGACUCAAGGAUCACGGACUAGUAAGCCUAAACCAUCUUCGUCUGAGCAGCCACCCCUUCUUGAUUUGCUAUAAUAUGUUGAUACUUUACUUUUAGCAUCUCCAGAAACAGGUUGAGGUUCUGCCUUUGUGAAUUACCAGAGCUCUUCCUCGAGUGUGUUGUUGGUCAAUGUCUUGAAUUGGUUCAUCAUCUAUCUGUCAACAACCUAUAUGGCUCUCCGGAGUUGUAUAUUCUAUAGUGAGGCUUUGCAUGUUGUAACUAUUAUUAUUUACAGUCACUGAACCACAAUAUCCAUCAGUUGAGGAUUUUUUUCUUUUACCCCAGUGUUUGUUGUUUCUUUUUCUUUUUCUCUGGCUUUCCUCUUUAUCUUUUUAUGUAUGUAUUUUAUGGUUUUUGCUGGGAUAAGAUUCCUCAAAUGUGUAUUCAUUGGGACCGCCUCAGCUCUAUAAUUUUGGAGCGACGUUAUAAUAAAAAGUUCCAGGACUUUAUAUGCA